GUCUGCACUCAUCAAACAGUGGGGUUACCAUGUUACAUUUACUCUGGAGGUUCACUGUUCUUCUUCUUGUGAGACACAUCUUUGGAGAAAACUUCUGCAGGGAGACGAAUGUUGUAAAUGGGUCGGUUGGUGACAAUGUGACGCUCCUCGUGUCUCAGGAGAACAUAGAGGACAUCACCUGGAGUUAUGGUAAUAAUCGCAUUGCAUCGACAAAGCCACAAGAAGAGAUGGAUGUGACGAACAGAUUCAGGGGAAAGCUGGAGAGCGAUCAGGACGGCUCCUUAAUUGUAAUGAAUCUGCAGCAGGAAGACGAAGGGACGUACGAUGCAAGUAUAAAGCUACGCAGCGGGGACAUGUGUACAGUGCACCACCAGCUCCAUGUCUACAAGAAAUUAUCAGUGGAUGAUAUCAGGAUCGAGCACAACGUCUUUAGUCAUGAGCCGUGUCACGUGACCCUGAACUGCUCAGCAAGUGGAUCCGACGUGACCAUUGCCUGGAUCGGCAGCAACGGGACUCGUAAUGUGGUGAAUGUCACAGACCCAAACACCCUGUACACCUGCAGAGCCCAAAACCCCGUCAGUAAUUCCUCCAAGUCCAUCGCUCCCCGGAAUUAUUGUGAAAACCGCAACGGAUACAGAAGUAAGAUCGUAUCAAUGGCUUUCAUUAGUGUAAUUAUUAUCACUAUUAUAUUCUAUAUUUACUAUGAGCAUCAGAAGAGAACCGGACGUGACCAGAAUCAGACUUCAUCGCCACAGUGACGCAACGCAGGAAAGUCACCCUCCGGGGACAAUGACCGAUCCAGCAGAUGAAUCCAUGAUUCCAAUUUACUACAUGGAGAUGGACAUUGUUACCUUGUGUCUGUUGUAUAUUAUUUAUUGGUGAAGGGAUGAUUGCCGGGACCACCAUGAAGAAGGAAGUAGCAGAGCUGAAGAGCGUUCCCUGCACAGCAGGUGGUUGGGAGUGGAGAUGCGAAGGAGAAAUGCUGAAGACACCUCAGUCUCUCCGAAUUUCAGGGUCCCAGAAAUCGUAUAGUAGUGAUAUAUCGAAACAUUAUAAAAUAAAGAAUAGGCAACGCUGUGUAUAC